UUUUUAACUGAAAGCUCGACUUGAAGUGGCCACUUGAAUUAAAAAGCAGUGAAAGUAUAACUUGUUUCCCGCCAAGACCGGCUAUCUAGUCCCCACCCUCCCCAUCUACCAUUACACACUUGUUGCUUCUCUGCCACACUAAAAACGCGGAUAGUAGAAUAGAGUUGGUAGAGUGUCGAGGAACUCUGAGAGAGCAAUGUUACGUUCAUUCAGGAAAAAAAAAAAAUUAAUUCUACUUGCCUGGCUGUGAUUCUUUUGGUUUCGUUGUGUGUGGUCAGCUAUAUCAUUUGUGCUGUCUUGACGGAAAUAGUGUAAAUCAAACAUGCGUUCAGAUAAGGACGAUACAAAUGCAUUUUCCUCUUGAUUAAAUUUUGGAGAUCGUUUGCUAAAACUUAAGUUAUUCACUACAAAAAGUUUAGAUGAACAGUACAUGAAGUUUAAUUUAUCGUUUGCUUAUUUGAUUCUGAGGAUAAUCUAACAUGGAGAAGAAAAAGUGACUCAUGUUGUGAUCAAUGAAAAUGGAGCUUAAGUCUUUUUCGAAAAACAAAAUUGCGUUUUUUGAUAUAUUUUAAUUUUUAAAAAUGAAUUUUUAUAGUUUGAAGUCUAACAGAAGAAUUUCAAAAAUGUGGAAUGUCAUCAAAUAGUUCUCAUUAAUGUGGACCUGGUGUAUUGAAAGAUGAUAAUUUUUGAUGCCUUUUUGUGAAAUUAAAAGUGUGCUUUUUAAUUGAACUCAGUGAUAAUUUUCAUGAAUUUUAUUAUAGUUCCUGGAACUCCAGUAUGCUUAAUUUUCAUUUUUCAUACAUCAACCUUACUAUAUUAAUAAUGUGUCUUGUAGCGUAUGGUCGUGUGUCUAGGAAAGGCAAACGUUAUUAUAAUAGGACGUUUUAUGAAAAUCAAUAUUAUUACUCUCUGGAUAAUUCGUGGGAUUCUGAAAGAGGGUUAUUUCCAUCUGUAAAUAAUUUGGCUCUAAAUGCCAUAAUUAGUGCAAAUGCUACUUGUGGAGAAUCAGGUCCUGAAGUCUAUUGUAAACUAGUCGAACAUGUUUUUAUGAGAGAACCUCAAUGUGGUGUAUGUGAUGCCCGUAGCAAUAAUACCGAACAUAGGCACCCUAUCAUAAAUGCUAUUGAUGGCACCAAUAAAUGGUGGAAAAGUCCUACCCUUCAAAAUGGAAAGCGUUUUGAGUGGGUCACAAUAACUUUAGAUUUGAAGCAGAUGUUUCAGAUAGCCUAUAUUAUUGUUAAAGCUGCUAUUUCUCCAAGACCAGGGAACUGGAUUUUGGAACGUUCCAAAGAUGGUUUGAUUUAUAAACCAUGGCAGUAUUAUGCCAUUAAUGACGCUGAAUGUUACGAGGCAUUUGGGAUUCGACCUACAAUGGGAAAACCCAGAUAUAGAAGCGAUGAUGAAGUCAUAUGCACAUCAUAUUAUUCAAAGCUUAAUCCUCUGGACGGUGGUGAAAUUCAUACUUCUCUAGUCAAUGGUAGGCCUGGUGCUGAAGAUCCUAGUGAUACCUUAAGAGAAUUCACCGCUGCUCGAUAUGUUAGAUUACGACUGCAGAAAAUAAGGACUUUAAAUGCUGACCUCAUGACAAUGCAAUCCUAUGAUCCUCAAAAAAUAGAUAAGUCUACUACCAGAAGGUAUUUCUAUUCAAUCAAAGACAUCUCUGUGGGAGGUCAAUGUGUUUGCUAUGGUCAUGCAAAACAGUGUCCUCUUACUCCAGAAUUAAAAUUAUUUCAAUGUAAGUGCGAACAUAAUACGUGUGGUGAAAACUGUGAACAAUGCUGUCCACUCUAUCAGCAAAAACCUUGGCGACCAGGAAAUCUCAAUGAUGGAGCUGCUUGUGAAAAGUGUCAAUGUUAUGGGCAUGCAGAUAUUUGUUUUUAUGAUCAAACUGUGGCUGAUAAAAAGGCAAGUUUAAAUAUUAAUGAAGAAUAUGAAGGUGGAGGAGUGUGUAUAAGAUGUAAGCACCAUACUACAGGAAUAAAUUGUGAACAGUGUGAGGAUGGUUAUUACAGGCCUCUAGGAGUAGAGCGCAAUGAUCCAGAACCUUGUAGAAGAUGUAGAUGCGCUGGGAAAGGUGUCACUGGUUUCUGUGUUAAAGAUGAUUCUUAUAUAUUGGAAGGCAUUUACCCAGGUGACUGUAUUUGCAAAGAAGGAUUUGCUGGAAGCAGGUGUGAUCAUUGUGCUUUGGGAUAUAAGACCUACCCUGUGUGUGAACCCUGUCCUUGUGAUCCAUCUGGAACUGAAGGAGAAAGUACUUGUGAAGGAUUUUGUGUUUGCAAAAAAAAUGUGGAAGGUGCUCGUUGUGAGUACUGCAAGCAAGGUCAUUACAAUUUAGAUGCAGAAAAUUCAGAUGGUUGCACUGCUUGUUAUUGUUCUGGUAUCACUACUAGGUGUCAACAAAGUGAUUGGGGUGUAAAAGUGAUUCAAACUCUCGAUGGAUGGACAGUGAGUGAUAUUUUUGGUCUUCAUGUUGCCCACCCAUUAUACGAAGGUGAUUAUCUGAAAAUUACAAAUGAAGCCAUGCUUGGUUUUGACAAUUACUACUGGUCUGCUCCACCUGAAUAUCUUGGCAAAAAGCUUUAUUCUUACGGAGGAGAAUUGAGAUAUGUUAUUGGAUAUUCUGUAAUUGAAGAUGAUGGUGUUCAAAACGAUGCACCAGGUAUAAUAUUGGAAAGCGAUAUGAUUCGAAUUGGUUACUACUUUGGAUCACGUAAAAUUCAAGGCAAUAUAACAGUGACUCUCCCACUUCAAGAACGAGCUUGGUCCCAUUUAACAGCUGCUGGAAAAAGAAAUCGAGCAGUUUCCAGAGAAACAUUUGCAGCCGUGAUGAAUAAUCUGUCAAAGAUUCUCAUUAGAGCUAAAUAUCAUUCUGAUCAAGUCAUUGGAAUUCUUUAUAAUGUAGAGAUGGAAAUCGCUGAUCGUGGAUCUAGCAGUUUGAAGAAAAUGGUUACUGUUGAGAUGUGUGAAUGCCCUCUAGGAUAUUCAGGCUUAUCGUGUGAGAUUUGUGAAACAGGUUACAGAAGGGUAAAUGAAAUUUUGCAUAAAGGUGUUUGUGAGAUAUGUCAAUGUAACGGACAUUCAUCUACAUGUGAUCCUUUUACAAGUUAUUGUAAAAGUUGUGCCCACAAUACAACUGGUCAUCGUUGUGAGAUGUGUAAGGAAGGAUUUCAUGGAAACCCUCUUCGAGGUAGCCCUGAAGACUGCCAACCUUGUGCAUGUCCUUUGUUGAAUGAGGAAAAUAACUUUUCUCCCACUUGCAAAGAUAUUGUUACUACUGAAGGGGCUACAGACUACAUUUGUACUGCCUGCGCUGUUGGUUACAUUGGCAAUAAAUGCCAAAGGUGUGCUCCUGGUUACUUUGGUACUCCAGGCACUCCAGGUGGAUCUUGCCAGCCUUGUGAUUGUACUGGAAAUGCUGACACAUUUGAUCCUACGUAUUGUGACCAUAUCACUGGACAGUGCUUGAAAUGUAUUGGAAAUACAGGUGGAUGGCACUGUAAUGAGUGCUUAGAAGGACACUAUGGCAAUGCUUAUCAUCACGUUUGUAAACCCUGCGGAUGCCAUCCACUUGGAUCAGAAAAUUCCAUCUGUGAUAGAGACACCGGGCUUUGUGAGUGCAAGCUGAAUUAUAAUGGAAGGGAGUGUGACAGAUGUGAUUAUGGCUUAGGUAAUAUUGAAUUAGGAUGUCUGCCAUGUCGUUGCAAUAAAACUGGAACAAUUCAUGAAAAUGUGGAUAUAUGUGACCCCGUAUCCGGGAAGUGUGAUUGUAAACCUGGUGUAUUUGGUCUUAAAUGUGAUACUUGUCUUGAAGGAUAUUACAGCUUUUCUGAAAGUGGUUGUAAAUGGUGUGGUUGUGAUGCUAAUGGUGCUGCGACACCUCAGUGUGAAGAUCCAAGUGGGCAAUGCGUUUGUAAGAAGAAUGUUAUUGGCAAGACUUGUAAUCAAUGUGCACCUGAAACCUGGAAUUUGUUAUCCGGUAAAGGAUGUGAAGAUUGCAAGUGUGAUGAAUUGGGAUCUGUAAGCUUAGUGUGUGAUGAAUUCAAUGGGAUAUGUACUUGCAAACCAGGUGUUGGUGGUGACAAAUGUGACAUGUGUUUACAAGGUUAUUUUGGAUUUUCCACGACUGGAUGUAGAAAAUGUGAACCUUGCCAAAAUUCUGGACAUGUCUGUGAUCCUGAUACAGGGUUGUGUGUUUGUCCUCCUAAUACUGAAGGUGAAUACUGUCAACGAUGUACUUCAUCAUCAUGGGGUUAUGAUCCAGUUCAAGGAUGCAAGCUUUGUGAUUGUAACUUCAGGGGCUCCCCAAGUGAUAAUAUUUGUGAUGUAGAUAAUGGUAAUUGCAUUUGUCAUGAAGGUUAUGAAGGGAGACGGUGCGACAAAUGUCGAUUCGCUCAUUAUCAGUUCCCGGAUUGUAUGAGAUGUGAAUGUCGUUAUGAUGGUACAGAUCCUUCCCAAUGUACAGCUGAAGGUCUAUGUCAAUGUGAUGAAAAUGGUCAAUGUCCUUGCAAGGAAAAUGUAGAAGGAGUUAAAUGUGAAUUUUGUAAACCUGGAACUUUUGGAUUGGCUGUUGAUAAUCCACUUGGGUGCUAUGAAUGUUUUUGUUUUGGCAGAUCUAAGGAUUGCAAGCAAGCAGAAAUGGUUUUGUCUCAAAUUACCACUCCUCCCCGAGAAGUUAUAUUCGAAUUAGGAAAUACUCCUUUGGGCCUAUCAUCUCAUAAAUUUCUUCUAAUACCUGGACAAAAUGGAAAUGUAAAAUUGGGAAUUCCCUACAUUAUUGCUCAACCAGUAUAUUGGAUGCUCCCGAAAGAAUUCCUUGGAGAAAAGACUAGAUCAUACAAUGGUGUAUUGAAAUUUCAUAUUGAGAGUCGUAGCUCCAGACGUUAUCCUGAUCCUCAGUUGUUCAUAUAUCCACUUGUUGUAAUAGAAGGUAACAACCGCAAUCUUGUCCAUUCACCAUUUAUGCCUAUAUCUGGUGGAAAAUACAGUGUUCGCUUUCGCGAGGAUGAAUGGACUCAAAGAGAAAAUCCUGAAGUUCCUGUAACUAGAGCUCUCUUGAUGUUAGUUUUACAGAAUGUUCAACAAAUUUUAAUUCGAGCCACUGAAGGUGCUGAUGUAAAAAUUUCAAGUGGCAACCUUUUAAGAAUUAAAGAUGUCAGCAUGGAAGUAGCAGUUCUAUUGUCUCCCACUCCAGCGUCUCCUUAUGUAGCUGUUGGAGUUGAAAUUUGCAAGUGUCCUAAAGAAUAUAGUGGAUUGUCCUGCCAAGAUCCAGGUAAAGGGUAUUAUCGGAAGAAAAAAAUAAAUUUCCAGAACAGUACCGACUUAAUCGAUCAAAUUGGAAUAUCUGUGCCCUGCCCAUGUAACAAUCGAAGUGAUAUUUGUGAUCCUGAAACUGGAUUUUGUCAAAAUUGCAGAGAAAAUACAGCAGGUGCUUUUUGUGAGUUAUGCGCAAAAGGAUUUUUUGGUGAUCCUACUAGAAGUCCAUGCCAACCUUGUGAAUGCCCGCUGGUCAAUAACAGUUUCAGUGAUACGUGUGAUUGGGAUAUAACUGGUCAUGUUUGCACUAACUGUCAACUAGGAUAUGAAGGAAAGCAUUGUGAAAAAUGCUCCCGAGGCUUUUAUGGGACUCCUACCAUGAUGGGUGGACAGUGUCUUGCAUGUAAUUGUAAUCCCUAUGGCUCUUUAGAUCGCAUUUGUGAUCGAAUGACCGGUCAGUGUCACUGUCGAAGGGGUAUAACUGGUCGUGACUGUACUCAAUGUAGCCCUCGUCACAUCCUUACAGACAUUGGUUGUAAAUCUUGUGAUGAUCAUUGUAUUGGACCUCUUUUAAAUGAUGUGGACUUUUUAGUUGAGUCCUAUGCUAAACAUAAUUUAUCAACCUUCUCUCCUCGACCAUGGAUCCCUUUACUUCAAAUAGAUAACCAAACUAUUGCAUUACAGAAGUCCAUUUUGAAGUAUUACAAUGUCCUCGAGGAAGGUCAAAAUAUAUCUCGUCACUUUGUAGCAGAUUUUGAUUUUGAGACGCUUGCAGACUUGAUGUAUUUAAGGGGACGAGAUAUCAAUAUCAGAGGACCUAUCGUAACAUUUGAUGCAUUUGAGGUAAAGGAAGAUUCUGAUGUUUUGUUUAAAAUGUUAGAGAAAAUUUGGAGAAGCAUUCAUGGUGCUGUAAAUCAUUUGCAAGUGCAAGGGGCUAAUUUAAAUUUUUCUGCUGCUGCAGUUGAAGAAAAAAUAGCUUAUUCUGAAGAUGUGCUGAAUGUGUUAAAAAGCAGAGAUAUUGACAUGAUUAGAGAAGAAAGUGAAAGAGAAAUGAGAAAAGCAAGUCAAAUAUUAGAUGCUGUUCAGAAUGUAAUUAUGGAUUUCAAAGUUUUUACUGCUGGGGAAGAAACUUUGAGAAGCUUAUCAGAUCUCUUGACUGAAUUCAUCCAUUUGAUUGAAAGACGAAUUCGUCUGACUUCUGUCAAAUCAUCAGUGAUUGUUUGUGAGGCAAGGGAAAUUGAAGAUAAAAUAAAUAAUGAUAUUUCUGAGGGAGAGAAAGCUAAGAAUAUUGCUAAAGAAAAUUUAGAGGUAUCUGAGAACUUGUUGGUUGAAUCUGAAAAUCUUUUAGGAAAUGUUUCUGUUAUUUUGGAAAAAGCUAUGCCAUUGCAAGCACUUAUGGAAAAUGCAACAGAGCAGCUUGAGCAUCAUAGAGGUAUUCUUGCGAGGUUGAAUCCAAGAUAUAUUCAAAAGUUUGUUGUGCCAGCAGCAGAGCAUGCAGAACAUAUAUCACAGCAAGCAUUAUAUCUAUCUAACCUUUUUAAAUCUGCACAAGUAGCAUCUAAGUUUCCAUUAAUGGCUGCUAAAGUUUAUGAAGACAUUAUAGACAAUAUUGAAAGUGCUGUCAUAGCUGCUAGAAAGACUCUUAGUGAUGCUCAAAGAACAUAUAAUGAGGCAGAUCCAAACUUUAAGAACUCAAUAUCAAGUCAAGCUACUAUUCUGCACAAAAGAAGUGGUAAACUAACAAAUCAGGCUUCAAUGAGAAUGAUUGAAGUUAAAAAUUUAACUGAUGACAUAAAAAAAUUCAAAGCAAGAAUAAAGAAAAUCAGUGAUGAUAUUAUGCAUAUUGUUACAUCAUUAGCUGAGUUUAAAGAUGAUAUUGAUGUUUUACCCAGAGAUAUAGCUGAUCAAUUGCGCACUGCUGAAGAUAGACAUCGAAAUAUUAGUGAUAAAAUGGUAUUAUUGCAUGGAAAAAUAGAUAUGUUGCAAGAAAUGCUAAAUGUUGAGCUUUAUGACAGAUUAAAUUAUCUUCGUGUGGGUUCAACGGCAGGAUUAUUUAAUAUCACUAAAACAAUUGAUAUUGGAAAAGAAAUAACAAAGGCUGCAAUAAAAAAAGCAGGUACGGCAGAAAGCAGAGUAGAUCGAGUGAAAUCAUUGAACAACCAAAUGCAAAGCAGUGUUAGAAAUUUAAAAAACAAAAUCCUUCUUGCAAGACAAAAAGCUUCCAAUAUCCGUGUUUCUCUGAGUGCUGAUUCUACUGGAAUUUGUGUUAGAUCAUAUAGACCAGAUAUCGAACCAACCUCUACUUCUUCCAUUGUCCUUCAUUAUGCUAUUAAAACUGAUGAUAAAGAUAGUUUAUUAUUAUUCUUGGCUAGUUCUGUCUCAGAUGACUUUAUGAUUGUUGAAAUGGUGAAUCGUAAGAUUCGGUUUAUUUGGAAUGCUGGUGGGGGUACUCAGGUUAUUCAACACAAGUUAACAAUUGAAACUAAUGAUGCUCAGCUGCUAAAAGAUGAACGGUGGUACAAGAUAUCCAUUAAUAGGUUUGGAAACAUUGCAACUCUCAGUGUUAAACCCACGCUAUAUAUUAACAAAGAAGAUCCACUUAUGGUCACUGAUUCUUCUCCACCAGGAUUUUCAAAAAUGGAUUUGGAUUCAUCCUCUUUCUUUUAUAUUGGUGGGACACCUAAAGGCUUCAGAGUACCUCGUGAAUUAAAAGCAAGAAACUUUGCUGGUUGUUUGUAUGAACUAGUAUUGGAUGGUAAAAAAGUUGGGUUAUGGAAUUUUGUUACAAACCAAGGUUGUGAUGGUUGCAAGGAAGGAGCUGCUGAAGUGGCAGAUUUUGCUGCUUAUAGUUUUAGAGGAGAUGGAUAUGCAAUUCUUCCACAAAUCAAGCGUUAUAAUAAAAGAUAUUAUGUCAUUGCUUUACAUUUUAAAACUUUUGACGAAGAUGCACUGCUCUUCUUUUCCCCAAAUAAUGAAAGCGGAGAAUUUGUCUCAUUGGAACUUCGUGGUGGAUACGUGGUAUAUCAAUUCAGCUUAGGAAGCCAGUUUAGAUCUGUUCUGAAAACUACAAAAAAAUACAAUAAUGGCACAUGGGUGCGUCUUACAGCUCAGAGAGAAAAUUUUCAAGGUCAACUUCAAGUUGGCGAUGAGUUUUUGGAUGGAGCAUUACCUAAAAACAGUCCUAAAACUCUGGAUCUUCAAAAAAGUUACUUAUUUUUUGGUGGAGUCCCUCCAAAUUUUACAACUAACACAUGGAAUGGAAUUGGAUUUCAAAAAUUUUUUGGAUGUAUGAAGGAUUUACAAAUUGAUUCUACCAUAUUGGAUCUUCUUCAAAAUAGUUCCUAUGGAGUUGAACGCAGUUGCAAAGACAUUCCACAAAAAUCUGUUGGAUUUCGGGGAAGUGGAUUCAUUGAAAUGCCUGGUAUCUCUCUUGGCGAAGAAUCUAGUUUCAGUAUUUCUUUUCAAACUACUCAAACCUCAGCAGUAUUACUCUUGUCUACUUUUGAUACUGGGAGGAAUUUCGAAAGCAAGAAAUCGCGAACUAAUGGAAAAAGAAGAAAGCAUUACUAUUCUGUUGCUCUCAUUGAUGGAUUGAUUGAAGCUAGAUUUAAUGGUGGAAGUGGAGAGACAAAAAUUAUAUCUGAUGAAUUAUAUAACGAUGGAAGAUGGCAUUCCAUCACAAUCAUGAAAACACACAGGAAGAUUGUGAUGAGAGUUGAUGAUAUUGAAGUAGGAUCUGGCAGAUUACCAAAAGGCAUGAAAGACAUUGAUGCACCUCCUCAAAGAGGUCUUUAUUUUGGUGGUUUUAGACAAGGCAUUGAUUACAAAUCUAUGAUAUCAACAAAAACUCCUUUGUUUGGCACCAUUAAAGACCCAAUUUUCAAUAAUAGGCUUCUUCGUUUUGAUGAAUAUUUUGAUUUCAAUGGAGCUGGCAUUGGUCGUACUCAGACAGAUUGGUUUGGAAUGGAAGCACCUUAUGCUGGAAUAGUUCGUCCUUUGGAAAGAUGUUCAGAAAUGGCCUCUUAUGUUCUUGAAAACAGAGCUGUUAAGUUUGGUGAUGAAUUGUCAAGUUAUGCUAAAGUACCCAUUGGAAGAAAAGACUUUGUGCAUGAUUUCAAUGUGACUUUUGAUAUCAGAACUUAUUUUUCUAAUGGACUAUUGACACUGGUGAAAAAUGGUCGUAGUGUUUCACAUUUUUCCUUGAUGUUGCUUGGAGGACGAGCUGUUAUUAAUAUGUUUGACAGAAAGGCAAGACGAGCUACAAACCCUGCUCAUCUAAAUGAUGGUAACUGGCAUCAUAUUUCCGUAAAUAAAACUGGGCGACAAAUGGUAUUUUCAGUUGAUUAUAAAAAACGAGGUAUCAAUUUUAAAGUUCGUCGGCGAUUGGCUUUAAGAUCUCCAUUAUAUGUGGGAGGAGUGCCUGAAGAUAUGGAACCAAUUCCAAAAGUGGUUAUGGAGAGUUUCAGGGGUUGCAUUCGAAAUUUCAAUUUAAACGGCUAUUAUCUAGAUAUUGCUAGUAGUGAACUGCAUAAUGUUGGACAUUGUUUCUCAACAAUUGAACCAGGAGCUUCCUUUUCUGGAGACGCUUAUGCUAUUUAUGCUGACAAAUUUAAUCUGGGUCAAAAGUUGGAUGUUCAAGUGGAGUUCAAGACGACAAGGCAGAAUGGUAUUAUCUUAGCUUUAAGUGAAGGUUACGGGAUUCCUUCAAUAGCUUUAGAACUCGGAAAUGGAACUAUUGUGCUGUCUCUUGUGCUGGGAAAUUUAGAAAAACCUUUUAAGACUGUGAAAACUUUUGAUUCUCCUUAUUAUUUGUGCGAUGGACAGUGGCAUAUGGUAACUGCUCAAUAUGCUUACAAAACGGUGACUCUAAAAGUAGACCUUUUUGAUUUGGUCAUUGGUCACAGUUCAUCAGCUCCAUUAGAACCAACUACUUCCAGUCCUCUUUUCAUUGGAGGCAUUCCUGAUAACUUGCCUUCCGGUGCUCUUCAUAGUCGAAGUAAUUUUGUGGGAUGCCUUAGAAAUCUUGCAAUAAAUGAUAGGCGAGUGGAAUGGAUUGAUAUGGCUUCCAGGCAUCAUGUUUUGCCCAAUGCAUGUCCAACUUUUUAAAUGUUUGUGAUACUUAAUUCAAUUCUGCCUAAUCUAGUGGACCUUAUCGAUUAAUCUAUGAGACUGCUGUCUAAAUAACUCCUCAUCAGAUGAAUUUGAAUGCCUGUUUUUUGCUUUAAAAGUAUAACUCUUCAUUUCUUAAGCUAUAACUUCAAAAUUUUUUCUUACUGUUUUUCUUGAAGUAAGAGAUAACAUUAAGAGAUAACUAAAUGACUAAUAAAAAAAAUAGUUUCCAACUUCUUCAUAAGAUUAAUAAUCUUUAUUGUAGAUAUUUGAACUAGUUUUUGUAAGCUCUUAAGAACAUUAUUAGCUGUAUUCAUUGAAUAGUUUAAUGGCAUUUAUCUACACUUUGAUUUUUUAUGUUUUUUUAACACCAGAAAAAUAAAUCAGCAAAAUAAAAUUUCUAUUUUUUUUAAAUAGAAAUUUUCUUUUGCUGAUUUCUGUUAUAUUAUCUAGAAGUUACAAUUCAUGGUCACAAAAAUCUUCUGAAGUCAUUCUAAUUGAAAAUUGCGGGUGUAAAAAAUGGAAUUGUCUAUUUGAGGUAUGAACUUCAAAUUUCGUUUUAUCUCACUCUAAGCACAGUUAGUUAAAUAUGAGCUGUUAAUUGAGGAUUUGAAACCCACCUUCUUCAGAUCAAUGGGUACCAGAUAGUCUAGAAAGUAAAGAUGACUUUUAAGCAAUGCUGACCACAUUGCAUCAUUUUGCCAUUGGUCUGGAGUUUGUGGAGCUUUAACCUUUUUUUUUAUCUUAUCGACUGACAACGACUGAUUUGGAAGAAUUCCAUUAUUUCGUGCUUUCAAGGAAAAAUAAAAAAAGCUUUCACCAUACAAAUUUCAAAAUGAGAGAGAGCAUAUCAUAAUAUCAUGUAACUUUUUAAUAUUAAAUUUUCAUUUAAUAUUUUUUUUUAUAUAAUUAAAAUGUAACAUCGGGAUUCAACAAACAAGCCAUAGCAUCCUCUUUGUUAAUUUUUCUCAUAAAACAAAUAAAAAAAAUUAUCGUUUUGGUUAAAGAAAUGUUUCAAUGUUACAUGAGAAUUUACUAUUACUUUAGACCUUUUAAAGAUAAAUCUAUCAGAGUUAACGUAAAACUAAAUAUUAUAUUGAUGUGGGAGUUAUCUUGUAAUUAUGCAUGUAAAUAUGCUGUUUAUCUUUCUGAGUCAUUGUUGAAAGUGUGAAAUAAAUCUGAUAUUAUUUAAAACUUUGUUAUAUCUUUAUUAUGAUUCAAAUCAUUUAUUGAGAAGUUCUUCUGAAUUUAAAUAAUUGAGAAUAUGUUAUAUAUUUUUAACAUUUGUUCUGAAUUUUCAUUUAUGGGUUCUAAGCCUAUUAUUGUUCUUUAAAAUGUGUUGAUUAUCUUGAGUUUUUUUAAUGUUAUUUAAUAUGUCACUUUUGUUUAGAGUGGCACUUACUAUGUUAUAAAGAAAAGAAAAAGUUCCCAUAACUUAAAAUAAAGUAAUUUUUUAUGUUUUUUAUGAAUUUUUUUUAUUACCAAAUACUUGUUGUGCAAUGUUACAUUAAAUAUAUUAAUCCAUCCCUCCUUCAAGUGAUGGUUUUUCUUUUUUAACUGUGUUUUCCCUGGUGCAUGAUGUAUUUUUCCCAUAGAGAUUGUAAUUAUUGUGUUUUUAUUAUCUUAAUUUGUAAAGUAAUUUAUUUUUUCUUUGUAAAUUAUUUUAUUUUUGUGUUGCAAAUCAAUGUAUGAGAGAGGGCUUGGUUCUUUCAUAUGCCCUUUGAAGUUCAGUCAAGAUUGUUUCUUUGUUUUAUAUGUACAUUCAUAUAUAUCUGAUCUUAUAUAUUAUAUUUGAGUAUUGCCUAUAAAUUUGAGUGUAAUUUUGAUGAGAAAUAUUUUUUUACUGUCACUGGAUAAUUCUAAUUGUGGCGGUUAUGUACAAACAUGUUUUGUGUUUAUAGUCUGAUCUUUAACACUGCCAUUUAUUUUCAUGUACUUACUCAGUUAGCUAGCUUUAAUGUAAGAGUAUUUUAGCCAAAUAAAAAGUGCAAUUUCAAAAUUGGUUUAA